AGUAGGGCAAGAGGAGCCGGAGAUUGCAAGAGAGAGCGAUCAAAGCUUAGAUUUUUCUGCCUUUUGGUUUUUGUUCGUGUUUGAAUCCAUGGCUUUGAACAGUGGAGUAAGAUCGGGGUUGAAGUUAUUGACCUCUUCUGAAUCUGCCCUAUCGAAAUCAGUCGGUCGAGGAUUCCACUCAACUGGAGUGAAGAGAAUGGGAGGACAUGGCCAUGAUGAACCAUUCUACAUUCACGCAAAGCACAUGUACAACUUGGACAGAAUGAAGUAUCAGGGAUUGAAGAUGUCUCUUGGUGUGUUUACCGCCUUCAGCAUUGGCGUCGGUGUUCCUGUCUGGGCUGUCAUCUUCCAACAAAACAAAACUAAAUCUGGUUGAUUUGUCAUGUAUUGGUGGAAAUAAGAGACAUGAACUGAGUUUUUCCUCCAGCAGAGGAAUGCAAAACUGUAUGUUGUUUCUUUCUUUUUCCAGAAAGUAGGACUUUUAGCUCCAAGGGAAUUGCAGUAUCCUGUGAGAGACCUAAAGGCAGGAAGUCUCACAUACUCAGAUCUCAUGAUUUUUGAACAAA